CACCACUUUGUUUCUCCACACUUGUUCAACCUUUCCAUCACAACAAAUAGAUUCAUCGUUCUCUUGUUUUCUCUUUUUCAUUAACACACAAAUUCACUUCUAUUAAUUAACCUUUCAACACUUUCAAUCAAAUUCUAAGUACAUCAAUGGCUCGCAACUUCAAUAACAUCAAGACUUUCUCUGCUCUUGUUGCUGAUGGAUUCUCCAACUCUCUUACUAGACGAGGAUAUGCGGCGGCAGCGACACAAAACACAACAAGAGGAGUGGCAACCUCCGUGAGCGGCAAGAUAGUAUCAUCCAAAUCAGGAGAAGACAAGGUGGCAAAUGCCGGAAAGGUUACGUGGGUCCCAGACCCCGUGACUGGUUACUACAAACCGGAAAACACCAACGAGGUUGAUGUUGCUGACCUAAGAGCCACAGUUUUGGGCAAAAAGUAAUUAGAACUACUAGUUUAAUUUCAUCAAUUUUAAAUGAGGUGGCUUCUUGGUCUUGAUAUUGAUCUUGCUUGUACUAGCAUUUCUCCAAAAAAAGAUUACAUGUUGUAACUCCGUUAACGCAUUAAUCAUUAUCGACCAUUUGAUAAAAAAUUAUAUAAAGAUUCGUACUUCUCUAUGAGACUAUGUCCACUUUUUUGUUCUCGUAUGUAAGCUUAAUUUAAUUUAGAAAUGAAAUUAAAAUAUCAUUAUUGUUGA